AUGCGACCAUUGUCCUCACAAACCUUCAAGGGCGCACGGCGAGGCCGUUUGAGAUUUUCGACGCCGUCGAAAUGGAUCUGCGGCAGCUGCCAGCCCCGGCGCAUUGCACAAGCUAGAUGGAGCAGCUGCAACAGCUCCGUCACUGGAACGCCCGAGAAGCCAUAUUAUAUCACGACUCCUAUCUUCUAUGUCAAUGCUGCACCGCAUAUCGGCCACCUUUACACCAUGGUUCUCGCAGACGUGCUCAAACGAUGGCAGCAAAUCAAGGGCAGGGACACUUUUUUCCUGACGGGAACCGACGAGCACGGCAUGAAGAUUCAGCGAGCAGCCGCUAAGGAGGGUGUUCCACCCAAAGAAUUCUGCGACAAUUACUCCAACAAGUUUCGGGAAUUGGCUGCGGCGGGCGACAUAUCCUACGAUGCAUUUAUGAGAACAACGAGCCCCGAGCAUAAGGAGUCGGUCAGUGAAUUCUGGCUACAGUUGAAACAUAGUCUCCCAGAACAUUUGGGACUCUACAAGGGUACGCAUGAAGGGUGGUAUGCCGUGAGUGAUGAGUGCUUCUACCCAGAAGACAUGGUUCGACCCGAUAUCGUGCCUCAGACGGGGAAGAAAAUCAUGGUUAGCGACGAAACAGGAAGCGAGGUGGAAUGGAUUAAAGAGGAAACCUGGUUCUUUCCAUUGACCAAGUACAAGGAUGCUCUGUUGAAAUUUUAUGCCGAAAAUCCCAACUGGAUCACCCCGGCGCAUCGGAUGAACGAAGUUCGUAACUGGGUGGAAAACCAUCUUGAGGACCUGUCCAUCACAAGACCAGCCUCUCGACUGAGCUGGGGAAUUCCUGACCCCGAGGACCACAACCAGACUAUAUAUGUCUGGGUUGAUGCGUUGAUUAAUUACAUUACGCAGGCAGGCUACGGCAGUAAGUGGCAUUCGGCAUCUGAGAACAUGGGAAUCUGGCCGGCGGAUAUGCAAAUUAUCGGAAAAGACAUCUUGCGAUUCCACGCAAUCUACUGGCCAGCCCUGCUAAUGGCUCUUGGCCUCCCACCUCCCAAGCGGUUACUAUGCCACAAUCACUGGACGAUGUCGAAUCGAAAAAUGUCUAAAUCCUUAGGGAACGUGGUUAAUCCUUUCUUUGCUGUGCAGCGCUGGGAUAUAGAUCCUUUGCGAUACUUUUUGAUGCGAAACGGAAGCUUUACCAAGGAUAUGAGCUACUCGAAUCAAUUAAUUGGAUCAGUUUAUGCUAAAGAGUUGCAAGCGAACAUUGGCAACCUAUUUUAUCGAAUUGCGAGGCCCAAGGUUACCGCAAAGUGGUCAACACUAGAGGCGGUCACCGCGUUCCGCAGCGGUACAUUCAAAGAAGUAUCUGAGCACACCUCGCAGCAACUCUUUUAUAGCCUGGACGAGCAUCUGGAAAAAGUGACUCCCGCAUUUUAUGAGGAGAUGGAGAAUUGCAAUACUGGAGGUGCAAUUCGGGAAAUCUUUAAUCUUCUCCGUGAGACAAACCGCUACGUCACUGACACCGAACCUUGGAAGCUUGUCAAGAACUCAGACACCGAGUCCAGGGUUCUACUCAACUUGGUAAUCUACAACUGCGCGGAGGCAUUGCGUAUCUCUGGCAUCUUGCUGCAACCAAUCAUGCCCAGCAAGUCAGAAUUGCUGCUAAAUGAGCUGGGAGUUAAGGAACAUAGGCGCACAGUUGAGUAUGCUUCCAAGGGCAAGGAUGCAGACUAUGGGACGGACGCCAAGACUGGAGAUCCCGCUGCAAGGUUGAAGAAAUGGGACACCAUUUUCCCCCCGACGCCAAAUGCAAAUGACUCGGAUGCAGAGGUAAUGGAGCAAUUGAGCUCAGCAUUCCACGAUAAAACAAAGAACAAAAUGAACCAAGUUGCGGAGCUUCUGGCUAUGGAGGCUCGAAUGGGCGAGGAGGCCGUGGCGAAGAUGCUGGCGGAAGUGCAUGCUGCGCGAAAACAGAAGCUGGCCAGCCCUCGCCCUCCACAGCAAAACUUCAACUCCAAAAUUUCGUCGCAUCAGCAACCACUCGUGCUCAGUCUGGCGAAUCGCCCCGACCACCACCAAUAUGAGGUCGUUACAACGAACAGGGUGACACUUGUCCCCUACAAGGCGUAUCAUGUCGCCAAAUACCACAGUUGGAUGGAAGACCCGGAUAUUCGAGAGGCGACAGCCUCAGAGCGAUUGACACUGACAGAGGAAUACGAGAAUCAGCAGUCCUGGCACACCGAUCCGGAAAAGCUCACCUUCAUCGUUUGUGAGCACGUCAAGCCAGAGCAAGAAGUCUCCCAUUCCCUCCAAGCAAAAGUGAUUGAUGCGGAGGACCGUAUGAUCGGAGACAUCAACUUUUUCAUUUACGUAGAUGAUGAGACGAACGCAGAUGAUACGCAAGAGGAAGAGAUAGUCGAAAAGACAGGGCAAUACGAUGGUGCUGAGGAAGCAGGGACGCGACAAACAGAGGCGAAAAUUAUGUUGAGAGGUGAAGUAGACGUUAUGAUUGCAGAGCAGCGAUAUCGCAGGCGAGGCUACGGGAAAGGCUCUGUGAUGGCCCUACUAAUGUUCUUGAGACGGAACAUGAGGAGCAUAUUAGACGAGUAUUCACGCGGUGUUGGAAUUACGCGCGAAGUCGAAAUGACGACCCUCAUGGUCAAAAUACAAGAGGAAAAUAUGGCAAGCCGGCAGCUGUUUAGUUGGCUCGGCUUUAAGGAAUGCGGUGGUGUAAAUUAUUUUGGAGAGGUCACGAUGAUAAUGCCGUGGGAAGCGAUUGACAGCUUGGUUGAUCAGUGGUUGAAUGACGGAGAAGUUUACGGACAGUUCAAAUACGAAGAGUAA